AGUCCUCUAUCUAUCUCUAUGGACACACCUGAGCAUUUUGUUUAAGUUAAAUUGUUGGCCUUUCUUGCGAAUGAAAACACCCAACAUUGCUGAGUGAUUUAAUCGCGUGAGGUACUCUCUUUACUUGGAUUUUAAACAAAGAACACAGAAAUAAGAUUAUAGCCUAUCUUGUUUGUUUUUCAGCAAAAUAUAUACGUAUUGUUAUAACCCGUGUUGUUUGUCGACUAUUGAACUAAUUUCAUGUCGCACGUUCUGUGUUGGGGAAAUUCAUGGAAUAUCGGUUUGUUUGAAAUUAAAUAAGACAUUUUGGAGACGGAAUGGGGGUUGAACCUUUGUCCAAAUAGUGUUUAUAGGAGUAAUUCACACGGAAACCGAGAGGAAACAUUAAACAACACUUGAGUGAAUUUACCUUCGUUUUGUCGUAGGCUAUUGUUCGGUAGGCUACGUCUUUCAAGUAACCGCAAUAAUGACGGCUCUGUGUAUUGGGUCAAUAAUAGGAUCCGCGCUGUUGCUCUUGUCAAUAGUCUGCCAAGACAACGCACAGGUUACAAAUGGAGAAGGCUGCGCCGGGAAUUUCAAUGUGGGCAAUGUAAACUUUGUGCUAGACACUGAAGACUCUGUCAAAGUAGGAGCCAGUUUCAUCUCGUCCCCAACUGUAACCCAAACUGAAGACUGUGUUGACUAUUGUUGCCAAGACCCCAAUUGCAACUUGGCUCUGAUUGAGAAUGGUGCAGAGAAAGGCUCGGUUAAAACAUGUUUUCUGUUUAACUGCCUGUACAAGAGAGAGUAUGUCUGCAGGUUUGUGAACAAAGUGGGAUUCACAAAUUACAUUUUGGACUCCGUCUAUGAAGAUUACCUGGGAGGACCCGAAAGCACCCGUGGUAAGAUCAAGACUCGACUCACUCCAGUUCCAGGUGAUGAGGAUAAGUUCCCCACUGCCAAAGCGGGCCGGGACAUCGUGGUCCAACCCAACGACACGGUGACAUUGAAUGGCAUUGAGAGCUGGGAUGACAAAGUGAUCACUAGCUACAAGUGGAGCCUUGUGAAGGGGGACAGCACGGUGGAAAUUACGAAAACGGACCUGAAGGAUCAGGUGAUGCUGAGCAACCUGAAACCUGGGAUGUACGUCUUCCAGCUAAAGGUCACCGACUCCAGCAACCAAUCAGCCAUGGAUAAGGUCUCUGUCCUCGUCCUCACUCCAGAACAGUCUGAGGGUCACUGUCUGGUCCCCCAAAAGGUGGGUCACUGUCGAGGAGCCUUCCCUAGGUGGCACUACAAUGGUGCGUCAGAGAAGUGUGAGGAGUUCAUCUUCGGGGGCUGCAAGGGGAACCGCAACAACUACCUCUCCCUGCAGGAGUGCUCCGACGCCUGCCACGGCGUGUCAGUUGCGUCAGGAAGAAGUAUUGUCGUGCCUGAAGGGGAGGUUUGUGGCUCCCCCUGUAACUCCGGUCAGUUUACUUGUGACAACGGCUGCUGUCUGGAUGAAGACCUGGAGUGCGACACGGUGACUCAGUGCAGCGACGGCUCUGACGAGGCUUCCUGCGACAAACUGAACCAGACCUUCACUCGUCUGCUGAACAUUCAUGUGGACAAAAGCAGGGCCCGCUGCACCGAGCCCCCCAGGACGGGGCCAUGCCGCGCCAGCCACUCCCACUGGUACUAUGACCCGCUCAACAGGAAGUGCAAUCGCUUCACAUACGGUGGCUGUGACGGCAACGACAACAACUUUGACGUGGAGGAGAGCUGCAAAGAGACCUGCAAGGGCGUGACUGAACAUGAUGUGUUUGCAAGGGGAAUGUUUGAACGCUACGAGGAAGAGGAAAGUGAGUCCGGCUCCAUCGCUAUAGCUAUAGUGUUAUCGGUAGCCAUCAUGGCGGUGCUGGCUGCCCUGGGUUACUGCUUCCUGAAGCACAGGAAGGACCGUUCUCAGCACCAGCCCGUGGCCACCAACGUCCCCCAUGUGGCUUUCGAAGAACGAGACACCCUGGUCUACAACACCAUCACCAAGCCUGUCUGAAACAAUUAGCACCUGCCUGGCUUUCAGGACCUUGGUUUAUUGUGUUCUUGUGUUCUUCCUGGUCUACAACACCAUCACCAAGCCUGUCUGAAACAAUUAGCACCUGCCUGGCUUUCAGGACCUUGGUUUAUUGUGUUCUUCCUGGUCUACAACACCAUCACCAAGCCUUUCUGAAACAAUUAGCACCUGCCUGGCUUUCAGGACCUUGGUUUAUUGUGUUCUUGCGUAUACACUGAUCUAACCAGAGCAGGACCAGACCAAUAAAUACACACACUGACCUAACCAGAGCAAGACCAGACCAAUAUAUACACACAUCUCCCACACAGGUCUACAAACUCCAGAUGCAGUCAGUAAGUGAGGAAUUUAAGCAACAUUUCAUUUGAAUAGAGCUUUGGCUCUUGCUUGGGCUCCUCCUUGGACAACCGGUUUUUGCUUUCACAGAAUUUUGCAUUAAGGAGUUGAUGAUAUAUUAGCAUGCUCUGUCACAACCAUUCUGCGGAGCUUGAGUGAACGAAAAGUAUGAGACAUGGGCACAAAUCCAAAUACUAUAACUGUGUGGGCUUUUAUAAGUGUGUUUUGUAUGGAACACAUUCUCAGGGGGGGGAAAAUUCUGUACUAGGUUUUUCUUACAGAUUUUCUUAAGAUUAUUUUUUUUCUGAAACUUUUAUUUAUAAAAUGUGAUUGGUGCUGGGGUUGAUGUUUGAUUAGCUGUUUGUUUUGUCAUAAAUUCAUAAGGAAUACCAGAUUUAAAUGUAGGUACCAAUAAGUGAUCUAUGUACAUUUUUACUUACUGAAAUGAUUCUGUUACUAAUAUUAUGUACCAGGGUGUCUGUAUACUCAAUUGUUAUCAUACUGUAAUCGUUUCUUACUUUAAGUAACAACCAUGACCUAGAUCGUAAGGUAGGUGUCUGUUUUUUUUUAAUGUUCUAUGUUUUUAUUUUUCAUGUUUCCUUUUUAACUGUAAUAAAAUCGUAAUUCCAUAA